AUGAAAAUUAUCAAUAUAUAUUUAUUAUUUAUUACGUUGUUAUGUAAUUUUGUACAGCAUCGUUCUUCUCUUUUUUCAGGGCAAGGUCGUGUGAAUCAACUCGGUGGUGUCUUUAUCAAUGGCCGGCCACUGCCGAAUCAUAUUCGGCUAAAAAUCGUAGAAAUGGCAGCAGCUGGUGUCAGACCGUGCGUCAUCUCCAGACAGUUGAGAGUUUCUCACGGCUGCGUGUCGAAGAUCUUGAAUCGUUAUCAAGAGACAGGAUCGAUAAGGCCGGGUGUGAUCGGUGGUAGCAAGCCGCGUGUCGCGACGCCGGAAGUCGAAGCGAGGAUCGAAGACAUGAAGAGACAGAAUCCAGGAAUAUUCAGCUGGGAAAUUCGCGAGAAAUUGAUAAAGCAGGAUGGUAUCUGUGACAAAGCGUCUGCGCCCUCAGUUUCCAGCAUCUCGAGACUUCUUCGUGGUCCUACGAAUCAGACUCGUCCUGGAGACGAUCCUCGAAGAAAUCAUUCCAUCGAUGGAAUACUCGGAGGGAGCAGCGGCGACGACUCGGACACGGAAAGCGAGCCAGGAAUUGCGUUGAAGAGGAAACAGCGUAGAAGUAGGACCACGUUCACCGGCGAACAGCUUGAACAACUUGAGGCAGCUUUCCAUCGAACACAGUAUCCCGACGUGUACACUAGAGAAGAAUUGGCUCAAAAAACGAAUCUGACCGAGGCACGCGUGCAAGUGUGGUUCAGUAACAGACGGGCCAGGCUUCGCAAGCAAUUAAACAGCCAACAGUUGAACGCUUUCAACACAAUGAGCUUGCAGUCGUUUCAAACGCAGCACUACGGUAGCAGCGCCGAGAGUUAUCAGAGCUAUGGCCAGGCAUCGGUAGCUGCAGCCGCAGCAACCACCGCCGGUUAUUCUCAACAUUACAACUAUAGCGAGAAUUACUACGCCGCUCAGCAACAAUGGCCGAGACCAACCGCGGAGAAUUAUGGGUUGUUCAACGCCUCUCACUACGGCAGCAGCAAUCUGGCUUCGAAUCUGACUUCCAGCAACUUGAAUCUGGGCAGCCUGAGCGGCAGCGUCAGCCCCACAGCCUCGAACAUGAGCGCGUGCAUGGUCCAGGGCGCGUCUUCGGGGGUUCCGGCGGGGAUAAACCACCACGUGACGCCUCACAGUCCCAGCGAGGCGAAGAGCGGCUACCCUUAUUUAGGGGGAAUCGAAUCGCAGGUCUGCGGCAGAGUUCACUGA